GAAUCGUUUCCACUAAAAAGUUAGAGAAAUUGAUUUUCGUACUCAUUUUCCCUUUUUUAUUUAUUUAACAUAAUUUCGCAAGUUCAAAUUUUAAUUGUUUUUAAUUAGUAUUUAUUGUGUGUAUUCGCUGCGUUCUUAACUCAUCGUGUAAAUUGAAUUCGACUUAAUUUCGAUUAUUUGAAAGAUUUGUGUGUUUACUAGUUGUGUGUGUUUUUUUUCUUCCUCUCUGUAAUACACAAUUUUGUCGGACGUUUUGUUAUAAAAGCAGCUGAUAAGGAAAAAUAUUUUCUUUUUCCUUAUGAUCAAGAAAUAGCACGAAAAUAUCUUUGUCGGAGUUGGAAUUAUAAGAACAAACUAGUGUUAUACGUAUACGUACGGAACGGAAUUGUGAAAUAAAACGAAAAUUGGUUUGCUAUUCUGUGAUCGGUCGACUUAAUGAUUUUGAGCAGUUUAAUUUGUCGAUUCAAAAAAUUGAAUGAUAGUGAAAGGGAAUAGCAAAAUAUCUUUGAAUGUGGAAACGUUUGUGAUUGAGUGGAAUAUUUUUUUUUUUUAAUGUAAAAGAAAUCAACAAAAGCUAGUGCAUGUAUAGUGCUUAAUAGAUAGCAAAUAAAAAUCCAUAGGCGCGCACCAAACACAGCUUAUCCAUAUAAUGUGAUAAAGAAACAAGCAAAGCAAGCAAACAAAAGUGAUAUCAAAGUCUAAAAGGUGUUAGUUAAAUCAGUGCAAUAUAAACCACGUAGAGACAAAAUUAAAUUUUAAAUGGAAACGGAAAAACCACUCAUUAUUGCUAGCAAAAAUGCGAAAUAUGAACAAACCGACAAAAUCAAUAAGCUCGGAAAACAGCAAUUCGAACGAGAUAACGAGGUGAAUUUAACAAUGGAAUCGCUAAGCGAUGACUUUGAGAAAAACAUUGAAGAAUCGAUGAACGAUUUGGAGAGUCUGGAUCAUUUGGAGCGUCAUGAUUCCGAAGCGGAUAUCAUUGAAGAUAAACUAAUUGCAUGGCCAGGCAACUCAACAAAACGAACGUCUCAAACCAUCAACCAUGUGGAAUUUUGCGAGCGACGCAUCAGCGCGUCAUCCGAGUCGGGCAACAGCAGUGAAAAUGAGGAUGAGUCAUCAUCAUACCGGAUCGUCGAAGAACCGGUGGAUCCAUUUCGUGGCCAAGAGCCGAAAAAUAUAAAUUUAUUGUGGCGACCGCUGUCAAUUCCAUUCCAAGAACGCCGGCGUUUGUCUCAAUGCAAAGAGGAAGACGAAGAUGAAUCGGAACGAAUGCAGAAUGGUGGUGAAAAAAGUACGGUGAAUGGAAGGAAACAUAAAUUCAUUGUGACGAAGACCGAAUUGCUAACCGCACGGCCGGAAGCGGAGAAAUUGCGAGAUGUCAGUGCUAAACAGAACGCGGCUACCAUUCAUUUUCCGUGCAGUUCAGUCGAUCAACGUGCUUCGUUGAAUAGUGUGUUUGCGAAAAAUGACAUUAAUCCCCAUUUGGAUAAGCGAUUUUUCGACACUUCUCUCGUGGAAAUUCGUUCUUCGGUGAAUGGUAGCACAAAGUCGUUGGAUAAAUCGAAAAAUGCCGUUGACGAUACUGUGUGGGUACCGAGACCAGAUGCACCAGGUGAAUCUACAACUGAUGGCGUUCCUCGAUCCCGUCCUCAAAGUUCACCAAUCGAUGCUUCGUCAAAACUUCGUAAAUCCAAACGAGGCGAUAAGGAAGCGAAGAAGCAAGAAAAGGAGCAGCGCAAAAAUGAGAAAGAAGCAAGAAAAGUGGAAGAAAAACUGGCGAAACAGAAAGAAAAGGAGGCUGCAAGACUUGAAAAACAGUAUCGUCACACAAUAUCCAGAAGCAGUGAACGGGUAACAAAUCGAUCUGGUUCGUUAGAGCGGCGAAAGAGCGGUGAUGGUGAAAUGAUUGUUCUGAACCAAUCCACUGUACAUGGAAUUGCCUCACCGAAUCGACGACCCACAAUAUUUGAUGUUUUUCGGCCGCGAACCAAAUCCGAUGCUAAGAAAAAGGAGAAAGAUCCACUGAAGCUGUUCGGCUCGGAUAAAGACAAUAUCAGCGCCGGCAGUGCUCACGGUGGUUCUGGUGGCAUAAUGCAUACUGUUAAAGCUGCCGUGCAGAACACAAUGGGUCACCAUAAACAUCCUGCUGGAACGUCGGGAACCUCAAAAUAUCGAGACGGAUCAGCACAUCCACAUGCCGGCAGUGACGCGCAAUACUAUCACACGGUAACGGCAGUGCGACGGACAGAUGCAUUUAAAUCGCCAAUGACUAAGGUUAUGGAUUUAUUCAGACACCGAUCCAAUUCGGCUGUAUCCGAGGCAGACAAAAGGAAAGCGCGAGCUGCUGCCCAACAUCAACAACAGUUAGCUGCACAAAGUGCUCAUAUGCGAAGAGCCUCAGCUGAAUUGGAGAAACGACGAGCUUCAUUAGGUGCAACUCGCGGCUUACGAGCAGACGGUACUUUAGAUCCCUAUCAUGCAGCCAUAUUAUUCAGAGAUUCAAGAGGGUUGCCGGUGGCUGAUCCUUUUCUUGAAAAAGUUAGUUUAUCGGAUUUGGAAGAAGAUGAAUCCCAAAUAUUCGUCAAAUUCUUUCGUUUCCAUAAGUGUUAUGAUCUGAUCCCAACAUCAGCUAAAUUAGUUGUCUUCGAUACUCAACUGCUUGUCAAAAAGGCCUUCUACGCAUUAGUUUAUAACGGUGUUCGAGCGGCUCCACUGUGGGACUCCGAAAAACAGGUGUUCAUCGGAAUGCUUACGAUAACCGAUUUCAUCAAAAUCCUUCAAAUGUACUACACAUCACCAAACAGUUCAAUGGAUCAAUUGGAAGAGCACAAGUUAGAUACAUGGAGAAACGUGCUGAAGGCUCAAGUAAUGCCAUUAGUUAGUAUCAGUCCGGACGCUUCGUUGUUCGAUGCCAUUAAGACAUUGAUUCACAACCGAAUUCAUCGAUUGCCGGUCAUCGAUCCGCUUACCGGGAAUGUGUUGUACAUACUAACUCACAAGCGGAUACUGAGGUUCCUUUUCUUAUACAUAAACGAAUUACCAAAGCCCUCUUGUAUGCAGAAGACAUUACGUGAAUUACGAAUCGGUACAUAUGAGAACAUUGAGACUGCUAAUGAGGAGACAAGCAUAAUAACUGCUUUACACAAAUUUGUUGAACGUCGCGUUUCGGCGCUGCCAUUAGUCGAUGCUGAUGGUCAUUUGGUGGACAUAUACGCCAAGUUCGAUGUCAUUAAUCUGGCCGCCGAGAAAACCUACAAUGAUCUGGACGUAUCACUGAAGAAGGCCAAUGAACAUCGAAACGCUUGGUUCGAGGGCGUUCAAAAGUGCUGUUUGGACGAGACGCUAUUUACUGUGAUGGAACGCAUUGUUCGAGCAGAGGUGCAUCGGUUGGUGGUGGUGGACGAAAAUGAAAAAGUCAUCGGAAUCAUUUCACUGUCCGACAUUCUAUUGUAUUUAGUAUUAAGACCGAGUGGCGAAGGUGUCGGCGGCAACGAUCAAUCUGUGCGCGUAACCGAUCCAUCGCCCGAAACAGUAGCUGAAAAAGCCGACGAUACCGGUGACAAUGUGUCGACAAAAAGUCAAAAUAUUAGCGAUAAUGAAGUGGUGAAUGCGGAAAAUGGAAGCGACGACAAUAAGGAGGCGAACGGGGACGAUGUGGUUGAUGCUACUGUCGCUGCUGAUGGUGAUGAUGAUAAGAGUACAAUUCGAAUACCAAACAUAGAAGAUAGUAAUGAAAAUGACAAUGAUGAUAACGACAAGCUCGACUAUUCCAAUCACACCGAUGACAGUGUCGCCUCAGUGCCGGCCGAUGAUUUGUCGUCGCUUAUUAUUAACGAUGAUAUUAACACCGUUCGUGAUAGUAUUAGUAAUGAUGUUAAAGUUGAAAUGGCUAUGGUCAGCGAAUAGAAGGGGGCUGGAUGACUCCGGAAUGUGCGGGGGAAUGAACGAGGAUUUUGUUUUAAAGAAAAUGUAAAAUUAAAUUUUUUUCUGAAAAAGUUUUUCUCAUUUUUAGUAGACGGAUUCCUUUUUAAUAAGAAAAUCAAGAAAUGAAUGGCGUGCGCCACCGGUUUAAUUAAUAAAAUCCAUUUUACGGUCGCUUUGUUUACAGCAAUUUACAAUUAAUCAAAUGAAAACUCAAAGAAAUUAAAUUGUAGACCAGAAGAAAAACGCAAAAAAUUAUUAUCGACACGAAAAGUGGUCGUAAAAUGCUUAAUUCGUUGUGUACGUUUGGCCUAUGCUAUAGGACUAAAAUUACCUUACUAUAAAAUAGAUGAAAGGAAAAUAAUAAUAAAUAAUUAUACAAAACAAACAGAAGGAUACGAAAACAUAGGAUUGGAUGAUGUGCAGAAAAACAAUGGAAGGAACAAAACCGAAAAACGCUCCUCGUCAUCAGUUGUAAAUAUAUAAUUUAAAAAAAAGGAAGAGAAAGAAGGGAAGUGAAGAAACAACAACAAUAAAAUUUGUAACACACACAGAGAGAAAUAAUAGAUUUAUAAGUUAUGUUGAAAAUAAAACGAAUUGUGGAUGAAUAAA